GGUUGACGUCACCUCCGCCGUGACGCGAUGUACCCAUUCAUAAAAAAAGAAAAAAAGAAUAACAAGAAAGGAGAGUUCUUAGGAUAGACACACAGAGAGGAGGAAACAAGAAGCUGAAUGGAUACGGUGAUGCGCAGAUAGAAGAGAGGCGCGAGGGGGGAAUCCACCACAGGAUCCGAGCGCGAGCUUUCUUCAGCUUCGGCAGGCGAAGAGAUAAACACCAGUGAAACCCCCCAUACCCUAAUACACACACAAUCUGCAUCGAGGUGCCAUGGAAGACCUGGGCGAGAUGGACUGCACGGUGCUGAAGCGGCUCCUGAAGGACGACGGCGGCCGGUGCUUGGUGCUGGACUGCCGCUCCUUCCUCGCCUUCAGCGCCGGGCACAUCCGAGGCUCCGUCAACGCGCGCUGCAACACCAUCGUCCGAAGGAGGGCGAAGGGCUCCGUGCUGAGCCUGGACCAGGUCCUGGCCGGGGACGAGGAGGUGCGGGGCCGCCUGCGCUCCGGGAUGUACUCCGUCGUGGUGCUGUACGACGAAAGGACGCCGGACUCGGACUCAGUGAAGGAAGACAGCACGGUGACCCUGGUGCUCAACGCGCUGUUCAGGGACUCCCAGGGAACACUGGUGUACCUGCUCAAAGGGGGAUAUGACAGAUUUUACGCAGAGUAUCCCGAGUUUUGCUUAAAAAACAAAUCAUUGCCGUCCUUCACCAGCCAGUCCAGCAUCGACUCCUGCUCAUCGUGUGGGACGCCACACAACGACCAGGGUGGCCCCGUCGAGAUCCUGCCCUUCCUCUACCUUGGCAGCGCCCUUCACGCCUCCAAGAAGGAGGUCCUGGACAGCGUCGGAAUCUCCGCCCUGCUGAACGUGUCGGCCGACUGUCCCAACCACUUCGAGGGCACUUACCAGUACAAGUGCAUCCCGGUGGAGGACAACCACAAAGAAGACAUCAGCUGCUGGUUCCUGGAGGCCAUCGAGUUCAUAGAUUCAGUACGAGACUCAAGCGGACGAGUGCUGGUCCAUUGUCAAGCGGGCAUCUCCCGCUCCGCCACCAUCUGCCUGGCGUACCUGAUGAAGAGGAAGCGGGUACGUCUGGACGAAGCCUUCGAGUUCGUGCGCCGCCGCCGCAGCAUCAUCUCGCCCAACUUCAGCUUCAUGGGCCAGCUGCUGCAGUUCGAGUCCCAGGUCCUCGCCACAUCCUGCGCCGCCGAAGCCGCGGCCACGGCGAGCCCGUUGCUCGGACCCAAGUCCACGGUGGCCAACAGCUCGACGGCCGUCACGCCCACGUCUCCGUUCAUCUUCAACUUCCCGGUGUCGGUGGUGAACCCGGCCUACCUGCACCACAGCCCCAUCACGACCUCACCUGGCUGCUAAUGGACAGCGUUACCCCCAUAUCCUGACUCAAAGCGAGAGCGGACUGGGCUGGAGGAGCUCUCGGUGUCACUGACCUCUGCAGUGUGUCCGUACUUCCACGACACGGAGGCGAGAAGCGUCACGGUGCCUGAAAAGGACCUUUUUUUUUUUUUUUCUUCUUCUUCGUCUUUUUUAAUUUCACAAACCAGCCAACACUCAGUCAGUUUUCACGAGAGAUUUAUUCCAGUUGACCAAAAACGAAAUGUCUUUUCUGGACUUGUUCGUCAUUCACACGGAGUGUUGGACUGACAUUAACGCGGACACACUUUUCUUCCAACAUGCACAGAGACACACUGACACACACACACAGAAACCUAACACGGUGAGGCCUGAGCAGCAGCGAACCUAUCUUCCCCUCUCUCCCACGCACACGUUCAUGCCUGCCGACUGAAUAAGCUCAGUAUGAAGAUAGCUUGUUUCUAUGGAGACGAGGUCUUUAGGAGAGGAGAUGGACACAGGAAGGAAGGGGGGAAUUUUAAGCACUCCCUCUUUCCUCCUCGGGUGUCCCUCCUGUCGCCGGACAAAGGAGAUGGAUGGAGAAGGAAAGAGGGAGGGGAAAAAGCGAGGGUGACAGAAAGCAGGAGCCUCUUCAGUGACAGGUGUUCUGCCGGGGAUCCGACCGGAGCUUCCUGCCCUUCACACGUCCUCUUCCUCUCCUCUCAUCUCCCUUUUCAUCCCUUUAUGCUUCCUCCCUCCUCCUCAUCCUCUCAUCUCUGCCUCUCAUGUCAGACUUGUCCCCCUCCCUCUUUUUUUUUUUCUUCUCUGCUCUUCGUCUUCUCACUGAGGAUGUUAAAAAUAAAUAGAACUAGAUGCCAAAUAAAAAGACUGGGGCCCCUUGUAAAUGGACUGGGAAACCCCUGACACCACAGAAAAGCCCUUCUGCAUCGUAUAUAAAUAUUUUUAGGCAAAAAGGGCCGAAACUUCUGGAAAUAGGAGGUGUUUUCUGAUGGGAAGAGUGAAAAGAUUUUGGGGAUAUUUUGCAGAAAAGUUGGGUUUCUCUUUUUAGAUUAAACUCCCUGGAAGACAGUCUGUUUAAGUACCAUUCCUUUUAAACGUGUGUGGUAAACUAUUCAUUUUUUUUUUUUUAGUUAAAACAAACUGGGUUUCACUUCUUCUCAGCGAUGUUUUAUCUCUUUACAGUGAUUUGACAUGAAGAACAAAGUGGCUCCUGCUUGGUGCCUUGAAAAUUUUUUCAGAUAAAAAGCAAAAAUAAGCAUCGGUGUCAGUGGAUGGUCCAUUAAGAUGUUUGUGCCUUGUUCAUUAAGGUAUCCCCCAGUAAGUUCUCUUUUUGGCAUUUAUUUUGUUUUGUAACUGCAAGAUAGUAGACUGAUGGAUGUUUGGCAGACCCCUGAGAAUCCUCAAUAGGCAUGGGCCGGUAGGAAAUUCUCACAGUCAAGGUUUUGUGGUAGACUAUCCCAAAAAAAAUAAAAAAAAUUAAAAUAGUGUUAAAGUGCAAGUAAAUAUCCAGAAUAAACACCUGCACAAUUUUCUUGUUUUUCGUACUACUUUUAUUAGACCUCAUAGAUGAUUAAACAAAUUAAUUCACUUGCAAACUAGCUAACCAAGAACCAGAGCUAGAGUCAACAAGCUAAUUUGUGUGGAUUUACUAAAUGUUGUUUUAAAGAUAAAGUUGGAGUAAACUUCAGGAUUUAAACUUUUGAUGUUUGUAAAAAUGCUUAGUUUAGUUUUAAAGUCUAAUUUCAACAGCAAAAUAACAGCUAGCCUACUAAAAGCGUGCUAGCCUGCUCCCAAAUAGGCCCAGCUAGCAUGUUGCUUUAAAUUUCAAUUCAUCUUCGCUAAACAAGUGGUACAAUUCUUACACAAGUUUAAUGGCACAAAGCACAGAAAGAGACCAUAAGACAAUUUAUCUUUAUAAAAUAUAAGCUUUUGAUUCUUAAUAAAUUAUGGGUGGUGUUCCUUCAAAACAGAGGAGUUUAGCUUUCUUGCAAAUCUUCACAGGAAGUGAACAGAAACAGGUUGGGGAUGGACACUGGUGCGUCACUACUCUUUCCCUUUUUUAUUGGCAUCUCUCAAUAAAUACUUUAACCCCUAGGAAUUAUAUGGAAACUAUUUUACAAGUUUUUAAAUUGUAUCUUUGUCAUCCUUUAAAAUUGGUAUCCAUGCCUAUUUCUCAUCAACAUAGUAAAUUAGUAAUUAUUGGUUAUUAAUGGUAUUAAAUCACCCAAACGAGCACUUUUAUAUACAUAGAAAAACACAAUCAGGAAUUGACUGUUGUACUUCAAAACCAGUCAAGCACAAAAAAUAUAUACAUUAUUACAUCACAAUUCGUGGGCACUCCUGCAUUACUAAAGUUUCAGGCUAAGAUGAACACUGUGUUAGACCAAUAAAGGCAAAAAAGUUCAUUUUUAUACUAGACUCAAAGCUGAACGCCCAUACAGACUCACACACACGUUUAAGGUUUCUACACUUUUUU